AAAGCCAAAUAGAAAUGGCUAGAGAGCUCCAGGGAACCUAGGUGCCCCUGGCUAAUGCCGAGCCUGGCCUAACGCGCAAGCGUGGCGGGAAUAACCUAGCGGGUCUUAGCAGAGAGAGAGAGAGAAAGAGAGAGGCGAUGGCGUCUAGCAGUAACUGGCUGUCCGGAGUGAAUGUCGUGCUUGUGAUGGCAUACGGGAGCCUGGUAUUUGUACUGCUGUUUAUUUUUGUGAAGAGACAAAUCAUGCGCUUUGCAAUGAAAUCUAGAAGAGGACCCCAUGUCCCUGUGGGACACAAUGCCCCCAAGGACUUGAAAGAGGAGAUCGAUGUUCGACUGUCCAGGGUGCAGGAUAUCAAGUAUGAACCCCAGCUCCUGGCAGAUGAUGACACCAGACUGCUGCAGCUGGAAACCCAGGGCAAUCAAAGUUGCUACAACUAUCUAUACAGGAUGAAAGCUUUAGAUGCGAUCCGCGCCUCUGAGAUCCCAUUUCAUGCUGAAGGCCGGCACCCCUGUUCUUUAAUGGGUAAGAAUUUCCGCUCUUACUUGCUAGAUCUGCGAAACACUAGCACUCCUUUCAAGGGUGUUCGCAAGGCCCUCAUUGAUGCUCUGCUUGAUGGAUAUGAGGCAGCCCGCUAUGGGACAGGGGUCUUUGGCCAGAGUGAGUACUUGCGGUAUCAGGAGGCCUUACGUGAGCUGGCCACUGUAGUCAAAGCACGGAUGGGCAGCUCUCAGAGACAACACCAGUCAGCGGCCAAAGACCUAACCCAGUCGCCUGAAAUGUCGCCAACAACCAUCCAGGUCACAUACCUUCCCUCCAGUCAGAAGAGCAAACGUCCUAAGCACUUUCUCGAACUGAAGAGCUUUAAGGACAACUAUAACACACUAGAGAGUACGCUAUGAUGGCUACACAGGUGCCAGCCGUGCGCCUUUGGCCUGUCUGGCUCAGCAGGCCCAGACUUGAUUGGCCGAAGCUUGUGUGGAGCCCAGAGUUCUUUCGGAGCUGUGUCUAACAGGUCCUUCCCAGCCCUUUCUUCUCUUGGCUAAGACGUGUUCUCUCCCAGUAGCACUUUUUCUGGAUUUGAAUUCAAAUGUCAUUGUCAAAGCUUCCUUGGAAAUCCUUGCUUGUUUUUGGCUGUAAUUCACCUACCCUGUUCAAUGCUGUUUGGCCCCAAUGGUGUAAACUGAAGUGA